CCAAAUAUCAUGGUGUCUGCCUGAUAGUCCAUGUGGCUCCAGGUCUCGGAAAAAGCACCAUAAGUUUAACGUGACUUAUUAAAUAUUAUUUUAAACAGUGUGAGGCUGAGAGCCACUCGGACCCGGAAAUGCAGCACGACGACGUGAUCUGGGACAUCAUCGGAAACACGCAGUUCUGCUCCUUCAAAGUGAAGACGAAGAGUCAGAACUUCUGUCGAAAUGAGUACAACAUCACGGGCCUGUGUAACCGCUCGGCCUGCCCGCUCGCCAACAGCCAGUACGCCACCAUCAGAGAGGAGAAAGGGCAGUGUUUCCUCUACAUGAAGGUCAUCGAGAGGGCGGCUUUUCCUGCCAGGAUGUGGGAGAAGGUGAAACUCAGUAAGAACUACGAGAAAGCUCUGGAACAGAUCGACGAGAACUUGAUCUACUGGCCUCGAUUCAUCCGACACAAAUGCAAACAGCGGUUCACCAAAAUCACCCAGUACCUGAUCCGCAUGCGCAAACUGGUCCUCAAGAGGCAGAGGAAGCUGGUUCCUCUCAGCAGGAAGGUGGAGACCAGAGAAAGGAGGAAAGAGGAGAAGGCUCUGAUUGCUGCUCAGCUCGAUAACGCCAUCGAGAAGGAGCUGCUGGAACGACUCAAGCAGGGAACGUAUGGAGAUAUCUACAACUUCCCCGCGCACGCCUUCGACAGAGCGCUAGAGCAGCAGGACCAGGAGAGCGAGUCAGAGUCUGAGGAGGAAGAGGAGGAGGAGGAUGAUGAGGAUGUCGGGCAGAGAGAAUUUGUAGCAGAGGAAGAAGUGGAGGAGAGUGACCUGAGUGACUUUGAGGACAUGAACAAGCUGAAGACGAGCAGUGAUGAGGAGGAGCAGGACGAGUCCAGUGAGGAGGAGGAGGAGAUGGAGGUGCAGAUGAAGGCUUCGAGGUCUAAGGGCAAAUCUCCAGCGAAAGGCGCAGCAGUGAGGAAGAAGCGAUCCUACGUGGAGAUCGAGUACGAGCAGGAGACAGAACCUGCCUCCAAGAGCAGAACCACGUAGUGACGCCACGCCGUCAGCUGUCAAUCAAACCCGGACUGCUGAGAACACGCCCCCUCACACACUCACCCUGUCGCCAUGGCAACAUGCAACAGCCGAGGGGGUUUGUCCAAUAAGUUGUUCUGUUCCUGUUUAACGUGGCGCGCCGUGUUUCCCUCGGCUGAAAGUCACGUGACCAGCAACGAAGGACGUCAGAUCAGAUCACCGAUGGAAAUAUCGAUUAUUCUGCCUUUAAUAAUCAGCCAAAACAAUUUAAAACAUGUUUAUCAGAUUCAAUUUUAUGUCUAUCAAAAGUUAAAACAAAAGUUCUCGUUUCAGAAGCUGAAACUUCAGAAAAUGCAAACGAUGGAUUUGUUCCUCUUUGAUCAAUCUGCGAGGAACUGUCGCUUUUUGUUUAUAGGAGCAGAAAAUGGAGCAUAAACUGAUGUCUGAAUGCAGACGGGACACGAUAUGAUCCGAGGAACUGCCCAAAGUGACUUUACUGCCAUUGUUCUGACUUUCCAGUUCACAUUAACGCAGAGAUGAUGGACGUGAAUAAAUCCUAUUUCCAGACCUGCGAGUGUUUUUUGUGUUUGCAGUAAAAACGGACUUCCUGCUUUGAGUCACACUUAGAAAAAAAAUCUAAUGCAGUUUGAAUGUAGUGAAAUUUUAGUAAUAAUUAGAUUUAAUGUGAACUGAGAAAAGACAGUUGAAAGAAAGCAGUGCCCUCUACAGGCAGACAGAGGAAGCAGUCGUGGGCAUAUGUACAGCAUAUUUAUACUUUAUUUACAAAUUACUGAGUCUCCA